AUGAGCAUACAGAAGAUGAAUGUUUUCCUCCACUUCCUCCCCCACUUUCAGCUGCAAUUUGAGGACUUUCUCAACCGUCUGGAAACUUUAGGGGUAAAGAAGGAAGUACAGACUUGUUUAAAGAGAAUUCGUAUGGACAUGUCCAUUGUACACGAUGAUUUCAUAAGUGAAGAUGUUGUAGUGCAGAUGGAAGAUAAUAUGGAUUUGCCCUCUGACGACUUUGAUGCCCUCCCAGUAUCAUCACUCCCACCUGUGACACAAAAGAGCACAGUUGAUCUGAGUGAGGAGACACGGAAAAGGAUAGAGAGGAACAGACUCUUGGCUUUAGAGAGAAGGAUGGCCAAGAUGCAAGCUGAAGCAGAAAGUCAAGCUACUGCUUCAGUCCUGUCCCAGACAAUGCCUUCUGAUACAGAGGAAAUUCCAGAUGAUUUGCUUGAGGAUGUAGAUAAAAAAGAGGAAAUGUAUAUAGUCUUGCACUUAUUCAAUAAACUAUUUUUUUUCUCAUAA